AUGAAUUUCACGGACCUUAGUGAGAAUGCUAUCCAAGCCAUUCCCAGGAGAGCUUUCAGAGGGGCCACGGACAUCAGGAACCUUCAACUGGAUAAGAACCACAUCACUUGCAUCGAGGAGGGGGCCUUCCGUGCUCUGAGAACUCUGGAGGUUCUCACAUUGAACAACAACAACAUAAGCAGCAUUCCAGUCUCCAGCUUCAACCACAUGCCCAAACUACGCACCUUUCGUCUCCAUUCUAACAGUCUGAGGUGUGACUGUCACCUGUCCUGGCUGUCUCCCUGGCUGAGACAGAGGCCCACCCUGGGUCUGUAUACACAGUGCAGCUCCCCUCCAACCCUCAGGGGACUCAACCUGGCUGAACUGCAGAAGAACGAGUUCACCUGCUCAGGUCAGAGUGACAGUGCGUUUGUCCAGCCGUGUAGCCUGGCGUCUGGCUCCUGUCCUCCCAUGUGUUCCUGUAGUAACAACAUCGUAGACUGUAGAGGCAAGGGCCUCACUGCCAUACCUGCUCACCUGCCUGAAGCCAUGACUGAGAUUCGUCUGGAGCAGAAUGGCAUCAAGUCAGUUCCUCCUGGGGCCUUCACCUCCUACAAGAAGCUGCGCAGAAUAGAUCUGAGUAACAAUCAGAUAUCAGAGAUGGCUCCCGAUGUUUUCCAAGGCCUGAGAGCCCUCAACUCACUGGUUCUGUAUGGUAAUAAGAUCACAGAUCUCCCCAGAGGACUGUUUGAUGGUCUCGGCUCUCUAGAACUGCUUCUCCUGAAUGCCAAUAAGAUCCACUGUAUUCGAGCCACAGCCUUCCAGGACCUAGAGAAUCUAGCUCUGCUGUCUCUCUACGACAACAAGAUCCAGACCCUGGCUAAAGGAACCUUCUCACCCCUUCACAGUAUACAGACACUUCACCUGGCCCAGAACCCGUUUGUGUGUGACUGUAACCUGAAAUGGCUGGCAGACUACCUGAGGUCCAACCCCAUAGAGACCAGCGGUGCCCGCUGUGCCAGCCCACGCAGACUGGCCAACAAACGCAUCGGGCAGAUCAAGAGCAAGAAGUUCCGCUGCUCUGCUAAGGAGCAGUACCACAUCCCAGGUACAGAAGACACCCGUCUGAAUAAUGAGUGUAACAGUAAGCCAGUGUGUCCUGCUAAGUGUCGCUGUGAAGCCAACGUAGUGGACUGCUCUAACCUCCGUCUCACCAAGUUCCCCCAACACCUACCUGCCUCUACCACCGAGCUGCGUCUCAACAACAAUGACAUCUCAGUGCUGGAAGCCACCGGCGUCUUCAAGACCCUCUCUCAGCUCAAGAAAAUUAACCUUAGCAACAACAAGAUCUCAGAGAUCGAGGACGGAGUGUUUGAGGGGGCGGGGUCUGUCAUGGAGCUCCACCUGACAGCCAAUCACCUGGACUCUGUCAGAGGGACCAUGUUCAGGGGCAUGGGCGGCGUCCGCAUGCUGAUGUUGAGGAACAACCGUAUCAGCUGUAUCCAUAACGGCAGCUUCACUGGUCUGACCAACGUCCGCCUGUUGUCUCUCUAUGACAACCAGCUCCACACCAUAAUGCCUGGGGCCUUCGACACACUGCCCAACCUCUCUACACUGAACCUGUUGGCCAACCCGUUUAACUGUGACUGUCGUCUGGCGUGGUUGGGGGCGUGGCUUCGUUCUAGACGAAUCGUAACGGGGAACCCUCGCUGCCAGAGCCCCUCCUUCCUCAGAGAGAUCCCACUACAGGACGUAGCAGCACCAGACUUCCGCUGCGACGACGGUGCAGUAUUGGAGGAGAGUAGCUGUGUAGCUCGUCCUCAGUGUCCCAGUGAGUGUACCUGUACAGAGACGGUGGUCCGCUGUAGUAACAAACACCUCCAGGCCCUGCCCAAGGGGUUGCCCCGCAACAUCACUGAACUGUAUCUGGAUGGGAACCAGUUCAGCAUGGUGCCCAGGGAACUGUCCACCUUCAAACACCUGCAGCUGGUAGAUCUGAGUAACAACAGAAUCAGCUCCCUGUCUGACUCCUCCUUCUCCAAUAUGAGCCAGCUCACCACCCUCAUCCUGAGUUACAACUCUCUACGCUGCAUCCCUCCUCUGGCCCUGGCUGGACUACGCUCUCUCAGACUACUAUCUCUUCAUGGUAACGACAUCUCUGAACUACUGGAGGGGAUCUUCAGUGAUGUGGCCUCCCUGUCUCAUCUGGCAAUCGGUGCCAACCCCCUGUACUGUGACUGUCAUCUGCGCUGGCUGUCUGACUGGGUGAAGAGUGGGUACAAGGAGCCUGGCAUCGCCCGCUGUGCCGGACCAAUGGGCAUGGAGGGAAAACUGCUGCUCACCACACCUGAGACCAAGUUUGAAUGUCUGGGUCCAGUGGAGACGUCUGUCCAGGCUAAGUGUAGUCCAUGUGUGUCUGGGCCCUGUCAGAACCACGGUGUGUGUCAGUCUGACCCUGUAGAACUCUACACAUGUGUGUGUGCACCCGGCUUCACGGGUAAAUACUGUGAGACUCCAGUGGAUGUGUGUGCCAGUAACCCAUGCACAAAUGGAGGAACCUGCAUCAGUGAUGAACAGACAAGGAGAUUCAGUUGUUCAUGCCUGGUGGGUUUCCAUGGAUCGUUCUGUGAGGUGGAUGUAGAUGACUGUGAGGACCACGGAUGUGAGAAUGGUGCAACCUGUGUGGACGGAGUAGGCAACUACACCUGCUUCUGUCCUCCCUUCUACAUUGGGCUGUUGUGUGAGGAAGAGGAGGAUGUGUGCUCUCCUGGUAGAAACCCCUGUCAGCAACACUCUACCUGCAGCAGCACCACUACAGGCCCCAGAUGUGCGUGUUCCCCAGGCUUCGUGGGGGGUGACUGCAGUGUGAACUAUGAUGAGUGUGAGGAUCAGGACUGUCAGAAUGGAGCGGUGUGUGUGGACCAGGUGGAUGGAUACACCUGCACCUGCCCUCAGGGGUUCAGUGGUGAGUUGUGUGAGGUGCCUCCUCCUCCUCCAUCUCCAUGUGAGCGGGCUCGCUGUCAGAACAGCGCCCCCUGUGUGGACAGAGGCGGUACUGCGCUGUGCCAGUGUCUGCCGGGGUUCGAGGGUGUGCGCUGUGAGAAGCUGGUCAGUGUGAACUUCGUGAAUAGAGAUUCUUACCUACAGCUGUCUGACCUGAAGAACUGGCCUCAGGCCAACAUCACACUGCAGGUGUCGACAGCGGAGGAUAACGGUAUCCUGCUGUAUAAUGGAGACAACAAGCCAAUGGCUGUGGAGCUCCAUGAGGGACAUGUUCGAGUCAGCUACGACCCUGGUAGUCAGCCUGGACACACUAUCUACAGUGCUGAGACGGUGAAUGACGGGCGUUUCCAUACGGUAGAGCUGGUGACCUUUGACAGGAUGGUGAACCUGUCUGUGGACGGGGGUGCGCCCACCACGCUGGACAGUCUGGGAGGGGUCCCACCUCUGUCUGGAGAGGCACUGCUAUACGUGGGGGGUAUGCCAGAGAAGAUGUCCUACUCCUCUCUGAGUCUCUUCCAGCCCCUCAACUCCUCCAGUUUCCACGGCUGCAUCAGGAAUCUGUACAUCAACCACGAGCUGCAGGACUUCACCCAGACCACUAUGAAGCCGGGGGUGGUGCCAGGAUGCCAGCCCUGCAGGAAACUGUUCUGCCUCCAUGGAGUGUGCCAACCGGAUGGUGGCCAGGGACCCCUCUGCCACUGCCAGCCUGACUGGGGUGGGCUACACUGCGAUCAGCCAAUCGGAGGAGGCCUUGUUGGGGGAGAUGUUGCCCCGGCAACCACGGCUAACCCAUGCCAGGGGAAUAAGUGUGUGAGGGGUGUGUGUGUGGUUCAGGAUGUUGAGUCGUACAGGUGUGAGUGUGAGGAGGGCUGGCACGCCACCCUGUGUAAUCAACAGGAGGAGCUAACAGCACCAGCAGUACCAGCAGUGCCAGAAGGACCAGCCAAGCCGUGUUCAGUGCUGCUCUGCCAACAUGGCCACUGCCAGCUGACUGAGGGAGGAGCGACUUACUGUCUCUGUGACACGGGAUACACCGGGGACACAUGCGACACAGUUGAAUCAGCGUGUCGCGGCGAGGCGGUGCGUGACUUCCACCGGGUGCCACGUGGCCACGCCGACUGCCAGACGACGCGCCCCUUCUCCUGGGUGGAGUGUCGGGGGGGCUGCCAGGGGGGCGGGGCGGAGUGCUGCGCGCCACUGAGGGUACGGCGCCGGCGCUACACCUUCGAGUGCGACGACGGAACUUCCUUCACACAGGACGUGGAGAAGGCAGUGGAGUGCGGCUGCAAGGAGUGUGUGUAGAGGCCUUGAGGUACUACACACACGUGGGCAGCGCAGUCAGCCGAAGAGGAGUUACUGAACACACUGUGGGAAAGUAUAUAUAUAUAUAUAUAUAUAAAACAUGGACAUUGUCUGUGUGUUGUGGACAACAGUGUUUGUAAUAUAGGACAGUUCUUCCCUGGCAAGGACGGCCAACCAACACGAAACCAACCAACCUCAUCUUCAUCAUCUUCAUCUACCUAAAGAAAGUCAACUGUGGUCUCACAUUAGUAAUGUUAUAUUGAAAGGUCAUUCUUUGGAUUUAUACUGUGUUGUACACCACUUUAUCCAUGUGCUCAAAUCAUUGUCAAGUGGAGGAACCUGUGUGAUGCAUGGCAGCCAUGUUGGCAACAGGAAAACGUUGAGACACUUCUCUAGUUUCUUCCUGUUAAAUGAGAAACUGCUGCUCUUUUUUGCUAGUUUACCAUUUCAUCUGUGUAUCUUUUCACUGGGCUGCAAUGCCAGUUUGCCCUCUAGUGGCCAGUUUUAUGAUGAGGAUGUUUGCAGGUUCAGAUGGGGAAAGGGGGUGCAUUUGAGAGAGCAGCUGAGGCCCUUUGGCCUACUUCAAAGAGGUGGGGGCCUUUUGGCCUACUUUAAAGAGAUGAGGGCCCUUUGGCCUACUUUAAAGAGAUGGGGGCCCUUUGGCCUACUUUAAAGAGAUGGGGGCCCUUUGGCCUACUUUAAAGAGAUGAGGGCCCUUUGGCCUACUUCAAAGAGAUGGGGCCCUUUGGCCUACUUUAAAGAGAUGGGGGCCCUUUGGCCUACUUUAAAGAGAUGAGGGCCCUUUGGCCUACUUCAAAGAGAUGAGGGCCCUUUGGCCUACUUUAAAGAGAUGGGGGCCCUUUGGCCUACUUUAAAGAGAUGGGGGCCCUUUGGCCUACUUUAAAGAGAUGGGGGCCCUUUGACCUACUUUAAAGAGAUGGGGGCCCUUUGGCCUACUUUAAAGAGAUGGGGGCCCUUUGACCUACUUCAAAGAGGUGGGGGCCUUUUGGCCUACUUUAAAGAGAUGGGGGCCCUUUGGCCUACUUUAAAGAGGUGAGGGCCCUUUGGCCUACUUUAAAGAGAUGGGGGCCCUUUGGCCUACUUUAAAGAGAUGGGGGCCCUUUGGCCUACUUUAAAGAGGUGGGGGCCCUUUGGCCUACUUUAAAGAGAUGGGGGCCCUUUGGCCUACUUUAAAGAGCCUUUUGGAGGCUAUGUGCCAGUUUGAUUUUAGACAGAAUAUUCUUUAAUUAACAUUCAUCAUGGUAAUUGGUUAUAAUUGUAUCAUUGAGUAAAACCCGCCUCCUAUCUCUCUCUGGUCCAAUCAGUCUCCUUCUACCACGUCAGCAGUAUUAUGACAUUCAACACAAAUGUAGCUUUGAUAAUAUUUUAUUUAUAUUGUUGUAAAACUAAAACAGAAAAGGUACAUAACAUUUGUUUAACAUUGACAUUUUUUGCUUAGAUUGUUUUUAUUACUUAGUGUCAUGUAGCCUAAUGUAGCCCUUUGAUUAUGAUACAAAACGGAAAAUACUUAACAGAUUGUAAUAUAUAUCAUUUCAUUUGGACACAGUAUUUUUAUAUGUUGAAAUGGAAAAAGGGGUGUUUGAAUCCUGGCAUGGGAGAGACUACACAGGCGUUGUAUUGGGUCUGUAGACUGAAGCAACAUCUUGCUGUUCUUCUCUACUGCCUGAUCUAAAGCUGCCAAAACCAGUCUGCCAACCUAUUGUCAGUUUAAUACACAGUGUCGUCACGGCGACGUUAAAUGACUGUGAUGUCAUUGUUCUUAUUACAUGUUGUCUACCUACUUGGUGAAUAUAAUAUCAUCAAUGAUUUGCUUCAGAUUAUGUGUAGUGAUGUUUUAUUUAUUUCAAUAAAAGACAUGAUUUUCUCUCUUC